AUGUUGAACUUCUCGGCAGGCCGUGCUGCGUUGGCAGCCGGUGUGAAGAAACAGCAUGCCUGCAAGACGAGCAAGCGUCAAACCCGGCGUCUUGUGACUUGCCUGUCCGUCGGUGCAAGCGUUGCGCUCCUUAUCGCACUUUCUGUCUCUGCUGGAGCGUCCCCAGCCGCGUCCCCCUCAGUCGUCAAGGAGCUUACCGAUGCAAGCUUCGAGCAUGACACGCAAGCCGCAACUGGUGCCACGACUGGCGACUGGUUCGUCAAGUUCUACGCGCCGUGGUGCGGCCACUGCAAGGCUAUGGCGAACGCAUGGGAAAGCUUGGCCAAAGAGCUGAGCGGCAAGGUCAACGUGGCAAAAAUCGAUGCCACUAGCAACAGUAUCACCGCCAAGCGUUUCAAGAUCCAGGGCUUCCCGACUCUCUACUACCUCUCCAACGGAAAGAUGUACGAGUAUCGCGGUGAACGCAGCGUUGAGAAGCUGAAGGCUUUCACUGAAGGCGGGUGGAAGUCGGUUGAAGGCGAGACCAUCCCGUCGCCUCUGUCUACUUUCGACAUCUUGAAGGACGAGCUGAUCUCCGCGUUCCUUCAGUUGCAGGGAAUCGUCUAUCAUGCUCCUCUGCCCUUCUUCCUGCUGUUCUUCAUCGGUAUGGCCUCUGGUUGUCUCCUGACCUGCCUGUGCAGCCUGUGCUGCUCUAAGAAGGACCAGAAGCGUGGCGCUGUUGCUUCGCGAAGCGCGAAGAAGAAGGACUAA